UACCAAUCGGCCAGGCCAGGAACAAACCAAAUAAUAAGCACGAUCACACUUGGCUCACGUACGAGUUCAAAUCUACGAGCGUGUACAGAGACAUACGCGCGCCAUGGCGCUCCAUGGGCUCGUUUUGCCGAAUUCUCUCGUCGUCCUAACGGCAGCUCGCUCACGGCCCCCGGUAAUAAUAGCCGGACGGUGUUCAAGCGCACGCUUCGUGUUUUCCUCGCCGUCGGCGAACACUAAGCUCAUCGUACCCUCGUCCUCCACCAAUAAUCCAUAUCCGGCGACCGACCGCGAGGAAGAAGUGGCAGGAGGGGAAGACGAGCACGAGCUAAAGCUCCUGGGGACAUGGAGGGGGCCGUUCGCGCUGCGAGUGAGGCUAGCGCUCAACUUCAAAGGCUUGAGCUACGAGUACCAGGAAGAGGACCUUGCCAACAAGAGUGACCUUCUUCUAGAGUCCAAUCCGGUGAACAAGAAGGUGCCCGUUCUCAUCCACAAUGGCGUGCCAAUUUGCGAGUCACUCGCCAUCUUGGAGUACAUCGACGAGGUCUACCGCGGGACAGGACCCUGCCUGCUCCCUGGCGACCCCUACCAACGUGCCGUCGCUCGGUUCUGGGCCGCCUACAUUGAUCAGAAUCUAGUCGCGCCAUGGUGGAAGAUGUUCGUGGGCAAAACGGACAAGGAGAAACAUGAAGGGACGAAGCAGACGCUCGCAGCAGUGGAGAAGCUAGAGGUGGCCCUAAGGGAAUGCUCCAGUGGAAAGCCGUUCUUUGGAGGAGACAACGUCGGCUACAUUGACGUCGUGUUGGGUGGUAUGGUCGCAUGGAUGCAAGGAACCGAGGCGCUCUGUGGCCUCGAGCUCCUUGACGCCACCAAAACCCCGUUACUGCUGGCAUGGAUGGAGCGCUUUGGUGGAAUGGAACCUGCUAAGGUAGUUCUGCCAGAUAUUGAUAGGUUGGUUGAGUUUGCCAAGAUGAAACGUGCUCAGAAGGCUCUAAUCUAAAAUGGGACAACAGUAUGGGAAUCUCAAGUAACAAAGUACUCCGUAUCUUCAAAAUUUAUGAGUGCAUGGAAGGAGUGCCAUCGGCGCCAUGAAAGAUGUCAAAACACCAAAUAUUGUUCUCGUUUCUCUUCAGAUGUCUCCUGUAAUUAUGUGGAGUGUUACUAUUCAGACAACGGCUAGUCACAAUACUCAGUGCAGGUUGCUUUUUACGUAAA